AUGCGAAGGAACAGAAUUUGGAGAUUAGUGGGGAGGGACAAUGAGAUUGCAUCGAAACCGGAGGAUAUUGCAAAGGUAGCUGAAGACUACUUUUGCGAUAUUUUUACUUCUUCUUGUUCGGCUGAUCCGAAUCCAUACUUAGAGGAUUUGGAGUCUAAAGUUACAGCUUCCAUGAACCGUAGGCUCCAAAGGCCAGUAACUAUGAACGAGAUCAAAAGAGCUACAUUUAGUAUUCAUGCUCAGAGUGCUCCUGUUGGAGGUGACAUUUUUAAGGCAGUGAGAAGUUUCUUUUACAGUGGCAGAAUUCUGAAAAGUUUCAAUCAUACUCAAAUUUGUUUGAUUCCAAAGGUGCCAGAUGCCAGUGACAUGGCUCAGAACAAGAGCAAUACAAUUCUUCUGACAUGCAGGAACAUUCUCAUAUUAAGAACAUAUAUGUGCAAAUUCUAUGCUAAAUAUAAAGCAUUCUUAUAUGGUGAAAAAUGUGGUAGUUGGCUAAUAUUGUGCACAAGAAAGCAAGAACAAGAAAAAGGUAACCUGAAUAAUAAUAAUAAUAACAAUAAUAAUAAUAAUAAUAAGUCUGGCAUUGAUGUUACUCUAAUAUCUGCCACCACCAAAGUUCCAAAAGCAGUUUCACCGGUUUCCUCUGCUGCCGAGGGGGAAGCCUUAAGGCGGCCGCGUGGCAGGCCUGCCGGCUCCAAGAACAAGCCGAAGCCACCAAUAAUUGUGACAAGGGACAGUGCUAAUGCACUCAAAGCUCAUGCUAUGGAAGUAAGCUCUGGCUGUGAUGUGAAUGAGAGCUUGUUGAACUUUGCAAGGAGGAAGCAGAGAGGCCUCUGCAUACUAAGUGGAACUGGCUGUGUGACAAAUGUAACUCUGCGCCAACCGGCCUCAUCCGGCGCCAUUGUGACUCUUCACGGCCGAUUCGAGAUCCUCUCAUUGCUGGGGUCAAUCCUUCCCCCACCAGCACCACCAGGAAUCACUGGCCUCACCAUUUACUUGGCUGGUGCUCAGGGGCAAGUUGUAGGAGGUGCUGUUGUUGGUGCCUUGAUUGCUUCAGGACCUGUUGUGAUCAUGGCUGCAUCAUUCAUGCAUGCUACCUUCGAUCGCCUGCCAUUGGAAGACGAAGAACUCACGGCUGCAAUGCAGAAUCAGCAUUACCAAAACGGACGCGCCACACAUCAUCUCGAUAUCUCAGACUUGUAUGCAAUGCCACAGAACCUUCUCACCAAUGGAACAAUGGCACCAGAGAUAUAUUCUUGGGCACCAGGGAGGAACUUGUCAAAAAGCUGA